UUUUUUUUCCUUUUUAGAAAUAUAACGUCUAUAUUUUUGUCCCUAUCGAGUGCCAAGAAAUUGUGUUAUCCCUGAAUGAUGUUGCCCGCAAGAUUUGGUCAGCUCCAUCAAUGGAACCGUUGCAUGUCAACGGUCGUCUCUUCAAACGAUUACCAAUACCUUCAUCGGAGUUUGAUUCCAACGCUGCAUUUUCAGCCAUCGCUGCCACGUCUACCCAUUCCGAAACUAGAGGACACUUGUGAGAGAUACAUUCGUUGCCAAUCUGUUGUUCUCGAAGGCUCUGCAUUGGAGAAUACGAAGCGCUUGACUGAGAAAUUUCUCCAGGGAGAAGGAAGGAAACUGCAUUCUGCGUUGAUUCAAGUGGACAAACGAAACAAGCACACGAGUUAUAUUUCUCCAAUGUGGUUUGAUAUGUAUUUGUGUGAUCGUCGCCCGAUUCCUUUAAAUCAUACCCCAUUUAUCGGGUAUGUGGAUGAGACGGAUUCCAAGUAUGCGAGUCAGAUCGUGAGAGCUACAAAUAUGCUAAUAUCGUCGCUGAGGUUCUUCAAGACGUACCGUGAAGGUCUGCUGGAGCCGGAUGUAUUUCAUCUAAACCCAAAGAAGUCGGACACAUUAUUCUUCAGGAAAGCUAUGAGACUGUUGCCGGCGGGUGUGUCAGCCUAUGGUGCUAUGGCCAUGAAAGCAUUUCCGCUCUGCAUGAGUCAAUUUCCCAAUUUGUUGCAGUCAACUCGAUUACCGCAGGAAGGCAAAGACAUUCUAAGGCGUUACCCCGAGUCCAGACACAUGCUGGUGAUGCGGAAUGGGAAUUUUUACGUGUUUGACGCGUUGGACGAGAAUGGGAACCUUUUUGAACCGAGUUACUACCUUGGCUGCAUUUCGCACAUUCUGAAGGACAACGCACCUGCUUCCGAGUUCCCGUUGGGCGUCAUGACUGCCGCUGACAGGGAUACUUGGACUGACUUCAGAUCAAAACUUAUGGCGCUCGGUAACCAAACUGCACUGAAUGCGGUCGACAGCGCCAUCUACUGUCUUACCUUGGAUGACGAUAAAAUUGGAGACGAUCGAGUGGCUCUUUUCCGAAGUUUUCUGCACGGCGAAGGCCGAGGCAAUCGUUGGUUUGACAAAAGCUUGAGUCUGCAUUUCACUGGAGACGGGAAAGCCGCCGUUACUUUCGAACAUUCCUGGGGCGACGGAGUCGCCGUUUUGCGGUUCUUCAACGAGGUCUUUAACGACAGCAAAAAGAAACGAGAGAUUGAUCAGAACACACUGCCGUCUUCCAUUGGGGAUUCAACUGUUCGCAGGUUGGAAUUCCGCCUCGACCAGGGAAUGCAGCAAACGAUCAAGAGUGUUCAGGAGGAAUUCGUUAAAAAGUGUGAUUCGUUGGACGUGAAUGCAGCGGAAGUUCCUUUGUUUGGCAAGAGUCUGUUGAAGACGAAGAAGCUCAGUCCGGACUCUGUCAUGCAACUUGGCAUCCAGCUCGCUCAAAAAUACACUGCUGGCAACACCGCUGCAACUUACGAAUCCUGCUCAACCGCCGCCUUCCGACACGGAAGAACGGAAACUGUUCGAUCCGCCACCGCCGCCACGAAGGCGUUCUGCGACGCCGUGACCGCCGAGGACGUGACUCGUUCGAACGCGGGGAAAUUCUUCUCUCUUUUGCAAACAUGCUCCGGGGUCCACGGACAAUUGACGAAAGAAGCCGCGAUGGGACAAGGUUUCGAUCGGCAUCUUUUUGCGUUGAAGCACUUUGCCGAGGGCCGAUUGCCGGAUUUGUACACUGACGAAGCGUACCAGAAGCUCAACACCAUCGUGUUAUCCACGUCUACAUUGAGUGCUCCUGCAGUUUCUGUUGGUGGUUUUGCGGCUGUUACACCGUCGGGUUACGGGAUUGGGUAUGGAAUUCGGGAUAAAGAGCUGGGUUGCGUCGUGACUUCGUAUCCCGGUGCAGAUGGGAAAUCCUUCACCGAGGCUUUAAAGCGUGCUUACGAAACUAUCCAUCGCGUUCUUGUCGCGAAUUAAUAGGAUUUCCGAUCGAAGCGAAAUUUGUAUCGUGGUCAGUCUACUUGUGUUAAGAAAGUUACUCGUUGAUGGGGUUUUUUUUUUCGUGGUACCUACUCGGAGUCAUAUCGAACCUCUUGUCGAGGUGUCCUUGAGCUUAUGGUUCCCUCAAGUACAGUAUUUUAUAUUUUUAUUUUUUGUUAUUUCUUUGGUCGCGGGAUUGGUUCUGAGUGGUUUACUUCGUCUCCGUUACGUUCUUAACGAAUCGAUGGUUUUUGAAAGGAACAACUUUCUGUUGGGCUGUUUUAGAGAGAAAAUAGCCUUUUCACCUUCAUCGAAGAAAACUUGAUUAUGGAUGCCUCAGAAUGUGACCCCAUUACCUAACAUGUGGAAGAAUUGACUGUUGUUAACUUGUUAUGUUGGAAAAUUUGUGAAUUCCUUACCAGUCUUUUUUACACUCCGUAGACUCUGGCCAUUGGGUAUGUGAUGUUCAGAGUCCGCUUGUGAUGAGCAGAAUAUGAGAUGACAAAGACUGAAUGUUCACCUCUCCUUUUUGUGAUUCCGAAGCAAUGCAAAAAAAAUGCCGAAGUGUACGUGUUUCUUGAUGACAAUUCUUGAGUGAUCCAUUUUCCGUACAGAUGAGGGUUUUACGUUUCGAAGUACAUUGAUAUUUACGGGGUA